AUGCAACCUCAGUCAAUACCUGCUGCCGAUGUGACACGCCUCCUUUAUGCAUUUGCCGACAUCGCCAGUGAUGGCACGGUAAAAUCAUCAGACACUUACGCCGACCUGGAGAAGCAUUACUCAACUGAUUCGUGGAACGACUCAGGCAACAAUGCGUAUGGUGUAGUUAAGCAACUUUACAUUCUGAAAAAGAAGAACCGCAAGUUCAAGGUUCUUUUAUCCAUUGGUGGCUGGACAUACUCACCAAAGUUUCCUCCCGUCGCAGCUACAGAGGCUGGACGCCAGAAGUUUGCAUCAAGUGCCGUCAAGCUGGUCGGAGACUGGGGCUUUGACGGAAUCGACAUCGACUGGGAGUAUCCAGCAAACGCGGCGGAGGCUCAGAACUUCGUCCUCCUCUUGCAGGCGUGUCGCCAGGCUUUUGAUGCCUAUGCCGCGCAGUAUGCUCCGGGAUACCACUUUAUUAUCACAAUUGCCAGUCCCGCUGGUCCUACCAACUAUAACAAUAUGGACAUGGCAGGAAUGGACCCCUGGAUCGACUCAUGGAACCUGAUGGCAUACGACUAUGCUGGCUCCUGGGACUCGACCUCUGGACAUCAGGCAAAUAUCUACUCCAACCCUCAGAACCCAGUAGCAACGAAAUUCAGCACAGAGCAGGCCGUUCGUGACUACAUAGUGGCGGGCAUCUCCUCGAGCAAGAUCAUGAUGGGUCUUCCCCUAUACGGUCGCUCUUUUGAGGCAACGUCUGGCAUUGGACAGACUUACAACGGCGUCGGGCCCGGUACCAUCCAAUCCGGCGUCUGGCUGUACAAGGACCUCCCACGGGCCGGCGCGACCGAGGUGUACGAUAAUACGGCCAAGGCCAGCUACAGCUACGACUCCUCCUCCCAGGAGCUCAUCAGCUACGACAACGUCGCCAGCGCCAUCCAGAAGAGUCAGUACCUGCUCAACAAGGGACUCGGCGGAGCCGUCUUCUGGGAGGCCAGCGGCGACGCCACGGGUGCGCAGAGCCUGGUGCACACGCUCGCGACGCAGAUGGGCAACCUCGACUCGAGCCAGAACCUGCUGAGCUAUCCGGCGAGCCAGUACGAUAACAUACGGAACAACAUGCCUGGGUCUUGA